AGGACUUGCGCGAGGCGGUUCCUUCAGCCGCGGAGGAGGCAAUGGCUUUGGGGGUCCGGGGGCUGCGCCUCUGGCGGGCCGCCCCUGCUGGCGGGGCUGGCUGGAGAUUGAUAGCAACAUCGCCAGCUUCGCACCUGUCACCGACAGAACUGAUAGAAAUGCAGAAUGACCUCUUUAAUAAAGAGAAAAACAGGCAGUUAUCAUUAACUCCUCGAACUGAGAAGAUUGAAGUUAAACACGUUGGGAAAACGGACCCUGGCACUAUCUUCGUGAUGAAUAAAAACGUUUCAACUCCUUAUAGUUGUGCUAUGCAUUUAAGUGAGUGGCACUGCGGGAAGUCCAUUCUGGCUCUUGUGGACGGACAGCCUUGGGACAUGUAUAAACCGUUGACCAAAUCCUGUGAAAUUGAAUUUCUUACUUUCAAAGAUCGUGAUCCUAGAGAAGUGAAUAAGGCUUAUUGGCGUUCCUGUGCCAUGAUGAUGGGCUGUGUGAUAGAGAGGGCGUUCAAAGAUGAAUAUGUGGUCAGUUUGGUCAGAGCUCCAGAAGUUCCUGUAAUCUCUGGAGCCUUCUGCUAUGAUGUAGUUCUGGAUAAGAGACUUGAUGAGUGGAUGCCAACAAAAGAGAACCUGCGUUCCUUCACAAAAGAUGCCCGUGCUUUAAUUUAUAAAGAUCUUCCAUUUGAAACUCUGGAAGUGGAAGCAAAAGUGGCAUUGGAAAUAUUUCAGCACAACAAGUACAAAACGGAUUUCAUAGAAGAGAAGGCAUCUCAGAACCCUGAGAGGAUAGUCAAGCUGCACAGAUUUGGUGACUUCAUCGAUGUGAGUGAGGGUCCUCUUAUUCCAAGAACAAGUAUUUGUUUCCAGUAUGAAGUAUCAGCAGUUCACAAUCUUCAAGCCACGCAGUUGAGUCUUGUACGAAGAUUCCAGGGUCUGUCUUUACCGGUACACUUAAGAGCACAUUUUACUAUAUGGAAUAAGCUAUUGGAGAGAUCUCGGAAAAUGGUAACUGAAGAUCAAACUAAACCUACAGAGGAAAGUGCAUCGACCCAGUAAUUUCCUAAAAAUUAAAUAUAUAUAGUAAAUUAAAAUAAAAGUUUUCUACAAAA